AUGCCCAACCCCACAACGCCCGCUUUUUGGUCAGACUUCUACCACAGUGGUGCUCAAGAGGAUGCUGCUUCUGAGGAUCUAGACCACCCACCGGACCAAGUGGCCGCCACACGACAAUCUUCCAGCCAAUUUCAUGACUCAGAUGUCUCCAUGCCUCUCGCAGAUUUCAAUACUUGGCAGGGCUACACUUAUCCCCCUCGUCCGGUAUCAAUGGUUCAGGAUAUCGGUUUCCCGGUAUUGACUCAAGGUGCACAAGAUACUCCGCAUGCGGUGGAGCCCACUGCUACAUCUUCUAACGUUGAUUACAAUACCUAUUCCAAUCAGUCCUCUCAGCAAAUGGUUACAGGUGAUUACUUUGAAGGUCAGGUUUCUCACUGGCAAACAGAUAAUGUCCAAAACAACACAAUCAUCGAGAGAUUUACGGCUCCAACGAUACCAGGAGAUUUCCCCGAGGUAAAGAGAGACAAUAUCACCUUACUAAUGGAGUGUCUGAGAUCGUCAGGUUCUGCCCCAGACUUGGUAAGCCAUUCGAAAGGUGGCGACAACAAGUUACUCGUUCGACACGUCCAUGAUAUGUUCAGGUACUGGCGAGACGGUGGUGAUCCCCCUAAAUACCAUGAACCCAUCAUGAGGAAAACUAUCCAGACUGUCAAGGAGUUAUGGCAAAGUACCAAAAGCCUAUCCCAAAUGACCAAUGAACAGGAAGCCUUUUGGGAUAGUUUAAGCGAAAUGCAGCUUCGUCCUGAUGACGAGCUGGAAGCUAUCAAGACUUUGACUCAUUACGCAUUGUCAGAGUUUAAACAAUUCGGUACCAAACAAAUCAUGCUAAACAGUGUUUUCAGUAAUGUCGAGCCGGCAGCUGGAAAGAGAAUCCACAGGCUUCGGGACACCAGAGCAGCCUUGAAGAGCCUUUUCUCUUUGCCCCCUUCUACACCCUUGACCGGGAAGUAUACUACCAACAAGGUAUUGGAAGAUUUAGAUUAUAUUAAUCAAGCGAGACCGAUAUGGUCGGACAGUGUCAAUACUGUCAAAAUAAUCAUCCAAGAGUUGUAUGACAGGGAACAGAUCCAGAGGAAUGAGGAGCUUGAAGGGAUGAAUCUAUUGAGUUCGAAUUCGAACUGGCUCGGCGACUGA